AUGGCAGACGGCAGAAGAGGAAGCGCAGGACGGGCCAGGGGCGGGGUUAAUGGGAAUGAUGAAGCCAAAGGGAGCAGGGCACACGGAAAUGCCAAUGCGAGGAUGGGGAAAACAAAAAGGCGCAUGGACGCAGAACUGGAAAUUGGCUUGUGGCAGUGUGGGCAGAUGAAGAUGAGGUCGGACUGGCACUGGCAGGUUCUUGAGUUCAGUGUUCUCGAAGAUGGAGACGACGGACGCAGGACGCAGGACGACGAGGACGGGGACGAGGGCAGCGGCGAUAUGAUGUGA